AUGAAGAGCCUACCUGCUGGCUACGUCCUGAUGUACAGAAACCGCAGCAACACCGCCAACCGCACCGGAGAUCUGCACGUCUGGGGCCAUCCUUCGGGUAUUUACUUCAACUCUGCUGCAAAGUUUGUUAAGCAUCUGAAGUGGCUUAUCGAAGGGCGUGUAGGAGAUUGCGAGUGUUCUCCUUGCAAGGGUGAGCGUUGA